AUGAAUGCUGGUACUGUGGCUGAGAAUUAUCAUCAAACAGUGCUUGGUGCCAAAUUCAGGGCAUCGGCAAUGCCUAGCGAUUAUGCUGGUGAAACACAUGCCAUUUCGAAAUCUAUGCAGUCUGUUAAUUUAAGAACGGUUAAUUUGGAUGGUAGUUUUUCUGAUAUAAAAUACAGGGACAAUAAACACGCCGGGUCGACGCCGUUCUGUUCGCACGGAGAGAGAUUGGCGAGGCUUCUACAGGCCUAUAACAUAAGACGCCCAUUGAACUAUUUCUGGCAAAACACAACCACAAAGAGAUGGAUCAUAAAGUCGUGGGAAUAUCUUGCUUAUGAUGCACCUGAAAACAAAGACUGGAACUGGUGGGGAGUACAGAUCGCGACCCCAAGGUCCCUGUGGCCUGGUCUCUUUCUCUCCAAAGAGUUCAUCCCAGAAAAGUUGUACAAUGACUUGAUUGAAAGGUAUUGGACACGUGUUAAAGUUUGGGAUUACGCACGCAAAGACGGGAAAAUGUCGGCGUCUAAUUUGGCCAACAGAGCUUUUCAGGGAUUGUUUGAGAUGUAUCAUCAAAACGAGAAAAAGUUCAUCGAGAGAAAAACUGAGGUGAUGGAGCUCCUGGGAGAGGAAAUCGUAAACAAGAGCUCAUAUCAAGGUGAGGGCGUAGGCGCGGACUACUGUAUUCAUGUUCACAACAUGCAUGUUGGAUUAUGGGAGGCGCCAUAUUAUAACUCACAUUUACGCCUGAUGAUAUACAAUGGUGGAUAUGGCGGGGAAUAUCUCAAGAGAUUUGCCCAAAUAAUCAUCCUUUUCCAAAACACGACAUUUCAGGUUGGCGAGAUUGUAUUGUCUGAGUUCUUCAACAUGUUUUUGGAAUGUCAUCAGUACUUGUGCCGCGGCAGGACCUUUGAGCCGACCUCAGUUGGGCGGAAUAUUGAUGACAAUCAGAAAGUGACAUUUUGGGCAGCAUACAAUUCGAUUUACAAAGUCGCCAGCGCACUAUUGCAGUUGGGGUAUCGUACGAAGGAACUAGAUAAUGCGAUUUCAAGGUUUCUAAACCAUGGACCUAACGAGAAAACUGCCCUCGUUGGGAAUAGGGCGUUAUUUGCCUCGGAUAUGAUAGUCCACCAUAGAAUAGGCUACAUGGCAAGUGUCCGAAUGUUUUCGUCCAGAACAGUUAGACCAGAAACUUGGAUUGGGCGCAGGACUAAUAAUCCAAAUGGAUAUUACACUGGGGAUGGUUUCGUAUCAGUGCUACAGAACGACAACGAGUUUGGAAAGCGAUACAACGAGGUGUUUCAAUAUUAUGAUUGGGAAAAAAUUCCAGGUACGACAGUUCUGUACAGUGGAAAUGUACCUCAAGAAGGUAUGGAGAGAGUCGGAACUCCAAACUUUCUCCAUCAUAUCAGCAAUGCUGAUUUCGUUGGGAGUGCAUCAGAUGGAAUGUACGGUGCUGCCGCUAUGGUCUACGAUCGUCCAACUGUCAAAUUUACCAUGAAGAAAACAUGGUUUUUCUUUGACAACGAAAUUGUAUGUAUGGGUAGCGAUAUUUCCAUGCGGUCUGGUGAAAGAUUCGACACGUCAAAUAUAAUCACUACGCUGAAUCAAAUAGUACGAUAUGGACCCAUUGGCUAUUCAACUGCAAAAUCGUUACAUCAGUAUGUAGAUUGGAACACAACAUCGGAGCUCGUCCAGACAAGGUGGAUUCACCAUGCCAACAUAGGCUGCCAUUAUUAUACAGCAUGA